AUGAAACAUCUGGAGUCGUUUACCGGAUCUGGUGCAAUUGCGGACAAAGCAACUACGUCGGAGAAACUGGAAGACUGCUCCGAACGCGAAUUGCCGAACACGCGGCAGCGGUACGGAGGAAUGACGCCAACUCUCAAGUCGCGGCCCAUUCGACGAGACCCGGCCACACACGAUGAGGCCGAAAUUCUCGCGACAGUGGAUAAUCGUGUGAGCCGCGAGUUGCUUGAGUCAUGGUUCACGGGGCCUCAAUCAAUCAACAAGUGCAACGACAUGUCCACUCCAUACUCCGUGCUGAGGCAUAGGCUGGCCAAGGUAAUUGACCACUCGGGGCGCGCGCAAGCCGGUGAGCCAGAUGGCCGAGCAAUCAUCACGCCAGCAUCCAACACGGGUGAUGACAUCUCGGUAAUUAACAACUGGCAUGCCGACCAGCAAGCAAUUAGCGCACCAGCGGGCAACGAUCCUUCAUGA